AUGGAAAACAGCAAGGAAGGAGGGUCUAUCAACAGGCCACCCAUUUUGGAUGGAACCAACGAUGACUAUUGGAAGGCUCGUAUGGUUGCUUUUCUCAAAUCUAUUGACAACAAAACUUGGAAGGCUAUUGUCAAAGGGUGGAAACAUCCAGUGAAGGCUGACAAGGAGGGAACCUCAACAACUGAACUGAAACCAGAGGAGGAGUGGAACAAGGAAGAAGAUGAGGAAGCUUUAGGCAACUCCAAGGCACUGAAUGCCAUCUUUAAUGGAGUUGACAAAAAUAUGUUCCGGCUUAUCAACACCUGCACUGUAGCAAAAGAUGCUUGGGAAAUCCUCAAGGUAGCACAUGAAGGUACAUCCAGAGUACGCAUGUCCAGACUUCAGUUGCUGACUACUCAGUUUGAGAAUCUGAGAAAGAAGGAAGAGAAGACAAUCUCUGACUUUCAUAUGCGAGUACGUGACUUGGCAAAUGCAUCAUUCGCUCUUGGUGAACAAAUGUCUGAAGAGAAGCUUGCGAGGAAGAUCCUGAGAUCAUUGCCUAAGAAAUGUGACAUGAAGGUUACUGCGAUUGAAGAAGCCCAAGAUAUCAGCAGCAUUAAAGUGGAUGAGCUCAUUGGAUCCCUGCAGACUUUUGAAAUGUCUAUCAAUGAGAGAUCUGACAAGAAAAACAAGAGUAUAACGUUUGUGUCAAAUGCUGAAGAUGAUGACCAAAGCGAGAAAGAUGCCGAUGAGAAUAUUGCUGAAGCAUUAGCCUUACUUAGGAAGAAAUUUAGCAAAGUCAUGUGGAAGUUUGAUAGAAGAUCAAAACCCAACACUUCAGAUAAGCGUUUUGAUACUGCUAAUAAUUUUGUUAAUUCUCGCAGGGGCAAGGAAGAAGACAAGACUGGCAGAGGCAAGGGGAUUCAGUGUCAUGAGUGUGAAGGCUUUGGCCACAUCAAGGCAGAAUGUCCAACCUAUCUGAAGAAGCAAAGCAAAGGAAUGGUAGCAACAUGGUCUGAUGAUGAUUCUGGAGAAGAAGGUGAGACUCAAGUACUAGGUUUUACUAUGAGAUGCAGUUCAGAAAACGGAUCAAGUGAUGAUGAUAUCUCUGAGGAAGAGCUUGCUGAAACAUAUAGGCUGCUAUUCAACAAAUGGGAAGAAGCAUGCAAUCAUGGCAAGAAACUGGAAUUGACUGUGGCUGGUCUGGAAGCUGACAAGAAGAGACUGAAAGAUAUGAACAAGAAUCUCCAAGAGGAGAUCUCUGUAUUGAAAUCAAGACAUGAAGAAAUGAUCAAGUCUGUACGAAUGUUAAACAGGCGCAGUGAUGUGCUAGAUCAAAUUUUGGAGACUGGAAAAAUGGCUAAAGAUAUGAAGGGGAUUGGAUAUGGCCUGGAACCCACUUCAGAAGAAGGUAGCAAAUAUGAGAAUAAGUUUGUUCCCUUAGAGAAAAGAACAGAAUUCAAGGUGACAAAUCAGAUGUUCCAACAAGGUGUCAAACAUGUGUACCCUCAAGUGAGGAGUGGGAGAAACUCUAGCUGGAGAUGUCAUCACUUUGAUAGUGGAUGUUCUAGACAUAUGAUUGGGGUGAAGAAUCUUCUUGAUAAAGUCAAACCUCAUACUACCAGCUAUGUAACUUUUGGAGAUGGUGCUAAAGGGAAAAUCAAAGGAUCAGGAAAGUUGGUCAGCUCUGGAUCACCUGGGCUAGAUGAUGUUCUGCUAGUGGAAGGGCUAACUGCAAAUUUGAUAAGUAUAAGUCAACUAUGUGAUCAAGAUCUUGACGUGUCUUUUAACAAAACUGCUUGCAGGGUUACUGAUAGCAAUGGUGAAGUAGUUAUGAGAGGAACACGUUCAAAGGACAAUUGUUACAUGUGGGCAUCUCAAGACAAAGCAAUGUCUUCAAAGUGCUUGUCAACAGUUAAGGAGGAGGUUAUUCUAUGGCAUCAAAAACUGGGUCAUUCGAACCCCAAAGGCAUGAAGAUGAUCAUUUCAACUGAGGGCAUCAGGGGACUGCCCAAGCUAAAAAUAAAAGAAGAUAGAAUAUGUGGUGAGUGUCAGGUUGGCAAACAAACUAAGGCAUCUCAUAAGAAACUUCAGCAAGUUCCUACAUCCAAAACUCUUGAAUUACUACACAUGGAUCUUAUGGGCCCAAUGCAAGUAGAGAGCCUAGGAGGAAAAAGGUAUGCAUUUGUUUGUGUUGAUGACUUCUCUAGAUACACCUGGGUUAAUUUUAUUGCAGAAAAAUCAGAUACCUUCAGUGUAUUUAAAGAGUUGUGUCAGCAAAUUCAAAGGGAGAAAGGUUAUGCUGAAGCUGAGUAUAUAGCAGCAGGAAGUGGGUGCACACAAUUAAUCUGGAUGAAACAGAUGCUCAAAGAGUACAACAUCUUGCAAGACAUCAUGACGCUGUAUUGUGAUAAUCUGAGUGCUAUCAACAUCUCCCAGAAUCCUAUCCAACAUAGUAGGACUAAACACAUUGAUAUCUGGCAUUACUUUAUCAGGGAACUGGUAGAAGAAAAGGUCAUCUUACUUGAACAUGUGGAUACUGAGGCACAACUGGCAGAUAUUUUUACUAAGGCUUUAGAUGCGGUGAAAUUUGAGAAAUUAAGGAGUGAAUUGGGGGUGUGUAUGUCAACAGAGUUAUAG